UCACAGUGUCACACACACCCACUCUCACUGUGCCACUCAUCACUACGCUGCCGGUCUGCUAGGGUGUCGGCUGCUGCCGCCACUCGCCCCACUCACCCCCACGCGCACGCUCCCCACCCUGCUCGCCACAAUGCGCCGCCGCCGCCGCGGCGUUCGUGCUCGCCCUCCUCCCCCUGGCCGCCGCCAAGGCGGCCCCGGCCGCGGCGAAGGCGAAGGCGCCCGCGGCACCCCCGGCGCCGCCCAACAUCACGGCGCUCAUGUCCAAGGGCGGGUAAGGGCGUUCGCGUCGCUGCUGGCGGCGUCCCCCGACGCGCUGUCCGCGUUCCGGUCGGCCGUGGAGGGCGGCGUGACGGCCUUCGGCCCCACCGACGCCGCCCUCCGGCCGUUCAUGCCGAGCUACCGGAACCUGAGCGCCGACGGCCGGGCGUCGCUGCUGCUGUUCCACGCGGUGCCCGUGUAUUACACGGUGCGGGGGCUCAAGUCCAGCAACGGGCCCAUGAACACGCUCGCCACCGACGGCUCCUCCCGGGACUACAACUUCACGGUGCAGAACGUGGGCGACCAGGUGAGCAUCCGCACGGCGGCCUCCGGCGGCGCCGCCGCCGCGCGGGUCCGGGGCACGGUCUACGACCGGGACCCCGUCGCCAUCUACGCCUUGGACGCGGUGCUGGAGCCCGUGGAGCUGUUCGACCCCGCCGAGGCCCCCGCGCCGGCGCCCGCCCCCGCGGCCGACGCGCCCAGGGCGUCCGGCAAGAGGGCGCGCCACCGCCAGCGGCACGUGGCGGACGCGCCGGGCCCGGCCGCCGAUGACGACGCGGCGCCCGCCGACCAGAGGAAGAACGCCAAGAAGAACGCGGCGCCCGGCGCCCCGCGCCCGCGGUGGCUCGCCGCUGUGGCCGCGGCCGCGGCCGCCGCCUUGGUUUAGGGGAUUAAGCAGGUGAAUCCUCUUCCUCGAGGCGGAUCUGCUGGCGUUUGUCUGUUGGUGCGUGACCCGUGGGAUUUGGUGCCUCUCUUUGGACGGAAACGCCAUGUUUUCUUCUUCUUUGAGCUCCUCUUUCUCUUUACUCCAUUGCUGUUUGUUAGUAGUAUGAAAAAGAUUGAUUUGGUCCGCGUCACAUGUUCUGGAUUCGAAUCACGGAGCUCUAAUCCAAUAGCUAAUGUACGUUUCCGGCGGAUGGAUGAGAUGAUGAGAUGCACAUUUGCUUA